GUCAGUGGCAGCGGCUGCUGUGUUGCAGCCACACACAGCUGCGCAGUUGCCGUGGCAACAAGGCCCGGGUUCCCAAACUGGGAAGGCGAGGACAUGGAGAAGACGAGGAGGAGGAGAAACGACACCCGGGGCAGUCGGAAGGGUAAGAGGAGCACCAGGACGGAGCAUUGACACAUUGGAGAGGGUUCCUGUGCCUUGGCAGUUGCACAGGGGUGGCAUCUCAGGCAUCCAGAAACUCUUGUUUUGAAGUCCAAAACACCUGGAGGGAGGGCCCAAGUUGGCCCGUGCCUGUGUUCAUGAAAGCCUUUUAAACCAGACUAAAGCCACUGUCUUGAAACAGAGCCGGGCCUCCCCAGAUGAUCUUAACCUCCAAGAUGGUUCAUAAAGGGAGACACGUUGGGACAGAAACUCUAGUGACGAGUGCCAUGUUGCCCUUCGUGAUUCUCAUCUAAAGCAGAGGAAAGAGUCAAAGGCUCAGGAUCGGGCGCACUCCUGGCCGAUCGUCUGUGUUGGCUGUGAAACGAAGAAGGUGCCGCGGAGCUGAAGGGAGAGAGGGCGUUUCCGUGUUCUAAGUGGCCCCAGUGACACCGCCAAGGAUGGAAAACCGGGCGGAGAAAGGCGAGGAGGCAUCUGAGAAUGUGAAGAUCACGUCCCAGCUGCUGAAGGCCAAGACGGGGGAGUUUGACCUGGAGUCCAUCCUGCUGCUGAAGCUGCGCGGCCUGGGCAUCUCGGACCUGGGCUGCCUGGGGGAGUGUGCCGGCCUGGAGUGGCUGGACCUCUCGGGGAACGCCAUCUCCCACCUGGGCCCGCUCUCCUCGCUCAAGGCCCUGGCCGUCCUGAACAUCUCCUCCAACCGCGUCUCCAGCCUGGAGCCCCUGGCCGGGUGCGAGAACCUCCAGAGCCUCAACGCGGCCGGGAACCUGCUCGGCGGGGUCCAGCAUCUGCAGUGCCUGGUGGGGCUGCGGCACCUGGAGAACAUGCGCUUCGCCAACCCCAUGGGCCGCCUCAGCAACCCCUUCUGCGCCUCCCCCGGGUACCGCGCCGCCAUCGCGGAGAUGUUCCCCGGGGUCAAGGUCAUCGAUGGGGAGAGGGUCUCCGGCCGGGGCAGCGAGCUCUACCAGCUCUGCAAGGACCUAGACAACUCCCUGAAGCGCUUCCACAGCCCCGGCCGGGCGGGCCACGCGGAGCUGAGCGGCCUGAGCAAGCCCUGGGUGGAGGAGGGCUACUGGGACGUCCGCCCGGCCAGGAGGAGCUCCAUCGUGGAGGAGGCCUACAAGCAGUUCAGCGAGGCCCUCCAGGAAUGCCGGGAGCUGAGCAAGCGGGCCGACGACACCAUCUCCCAGGCCGAGCGGGCACUCAACAUCCGCCCCGACGCCAACUCCUAUCUGUUCUGAACCGUCCCAGGCUUCCCUCUCCUCGGUAUUGGCCAAGCCAUUUCUCGAUGACUCCAUUCCCAGUCUUCUCCCAGCUCAACAGGACCAAGCUCUUCUCGGGCUCAUCCCACCACAGGAGAAGGCUUCCUGGAAGUCCAUGGCCAGUGGAUGGGGAUAACCAUGCCCAAGCCCACAAUAUGCCCAGAGUUUCAGUUCACACCCAUGGUCUUAAAAAAAUAAGCUGGUAGAGCAUUAUACAAAUAAAGUAUUAUUAUUAUUAUUUUA